AUGGACUCAGAUUUGGAGGAGCUGAUUCCCACCCCAGACGCCCUCCAGCCUCUGGUGCAGAUGUCUAACUCGUCCGUGGUUCUGGACCCGGUGGUGUUUGUGUUGGAGGGUUUCCGGGUUGCCCCUGGUUACGGGCCCCUCCUCUUCCUGUUGCUGCUGUGUAUCUUCCUGUUGGUGUUGGCGGGUAACGGGCUGAUGCUGGUCGCCGUGGCGACAGAGCGGCGGUUAUGGCGGCCGAUGUUCGUGCUGAUGGUGAACCUGGCGCUGGUCGACCUGUUGGGGGCGUCGGCCAUCUGUCCCCGCCUCCUCAUGCUCCUACUGUACGCGGGCGGGCCAAUCAGCUACCGGUCCAUCAGCCACGCCCACGCACUGCUGCAGGCCAUCGCUGUGCACACGUACGGAGUCGCCAUGCUGACCGUGCUCGCCGCCAUGGCCUACGACAGGUACGUGGCUGUGUGUGAGCCGCUCCGGUACCACUCCGUCAUGACUCCGCUCCGGGUUUUCUGGCUCUGUUUCUGGUCCUGGUUCUUGGCCGUGGUCUUGAUCGGGAUUCUGUUCGGAUUUCACAUUGGGACCAAGUUUUGUGGGACUCUGAUCCAACACGUGUACUGCAGUAACCGAGGAAUACUGCAGCUGUCCUGUGAGCCCUCGCCUGUAAAUAACUACUAUGGCCUGGUGAUGACAUACGCGGUCGGCACGAGCGUGCUUUUGGUCACAACAUUCUCAUACAUUCGGAUCCUGAUGGCGGUCUUGGGUCGUGGCGGUCCGGACCCGGUUCAGACCCGGUCUAAGGCCCUCCAGACCUGCUCCUCCCACCUGGUGGUCUUCGUGCUGUACAACGUGUCAUGCGUCAUCAUCGUCAUCUCAUAUCGUUUCCCCGCACUCGCCCCGAACAUCAAGAAACUCUUCAGCAUCCUCUUCAUCAUCGUCCCUCCCACCGUCAACCCGCUCAUUUACGGCCUGGUGAGCCACGAGCUGCGCAGCGCCAUCUGCAGAAGGCUGCGCCGCGUCGCACCCAAGAGACAAAGCUAA